GAGAGAGAGAGAGAGAGAGAGAGAGAGAGAGCGGAAGGACGGAUGCAAGGCGAGGCCAGAAGUGGGAAACCUUGUCGCUCCUGGUUUUCCAGCUGUUAUUUUUUGAUUAUUUCUUAUAUUUUUUAUUCAUUUCUAAAUAUUUUUGUUUCAUUUUUUUUAAAGAACGAGAAAUCUCAACAUCCGUCCUGAUGUGCUGCUGCGUCUCAUCUCGAUUGCUCAGUGAAACGCGACGCGCCUCUUAUCGCGUUAUUUUCCAUUAAAAUGACGGGAUGUUUUUAAUAAAAACCGCUGGAAACGCGCGUACAGCAUCGAUGACAAGCGACUGCUGGCUUUUACGAGAAUCGGAAUCGACGGGAGGACGCAGAGCGACCACGGUUUGUGCAAUAAUUUGCGCCUAAUUAUCUUUUUUUUUCGCAGCUGAUCGAGUGUUAUUUAUUUUAUUAUUUUUAUUCAUAAUUUUUGCUCUUUCCAACCAUCGGAGACAUAAAGGGCCUAUAGCCCACAUUAUCCCCGCAGCUGAAACCCGUGGGAAUUAUGAUACCAACGUGACGCACAGUCACACAGCUCAGCGGGGAAGACAUCGAGCCUCGACAGGACGGAGGGAGGAGGUCCAGCGCACCGAUCACAGGAGGAGGAGGACGCCCUGUUCAGUUGUUGUUAGACACUACUCAUACAACCAGACAUCAUCACCUGUUUAAAAUAAUAAAAAAAAACAAUAUUUUUAAAAACUGAAUGCACUGGACACAUCGGAGCAGCAGACAGGGAGGAGAGUACGGCGGGUGAGGGCGCAGAGAGAUGCGGGAGACGCAGUGAGCGCGGAGGAGGAGGAAGAAGAGGAGGACUGACGGCUCUCAUAUUGCAGCUGGUGGUGUGAAGUCCUAACUCUUCCUGCCCAGCAUGGCGGUGGCUUUAUGGUUCUUGGGGGUGUGUUUGCUCACGCUGGCUCACGUCGCCCCAUCUGGUCAAGCGAUGUCCCGGGCCGCCAUGCCGUUCGGGCUGCUGCGCAGGGAGCUGGCGUGCGAGGGUUACCCCAUAGAGCUGCGUUGCCCUGGAAGUGAUGUGGUCAUGGUGGAGACGGCCAAUUACGGACGCACUGACGACAAGAUCUGUGACGCCGACCCGUUUCAGAUGGAGAACACGCAGUGCUACCUACCUGACGCUCUAAAGAUCAUGUCUCAGAGAUGCAACAACAGGACUCAGUGUGUGGUUGUCGCAGGGGUCGAUGUCUUCCCAGACCCCUGUCCUGGAACAUACAAGUACCUGGAGAUCCAAUACGAAUGCGUCCCUUACAAAGUGGACCAAAAAGUUUUCGUGUGUCCCGGCUCACUGCUCAGCAUCCAGCCAGCCUCCUCGCUCUUGGAGGCGGAGCAUCAGUCGGGGGCGUGGUGUAAAGACCCCCUGCAAGCCGGCGACAGGCUUUAUGUCAUGCCGUGGACGCCGUAUAGAACGGAGGUGCUGUACGAGUACGCCUCCUGGGACGACCUCCGUCAAAACAGAGUCACCACUACUUAUAAGUUGCCGAGCCGUGUGGAUGGUACCGGGUUUGUGGUCUAUGAUGGAGCUGUGUUUUACAACAAGGAGCGAACACGCAACCUGGUCAAGUAUGACCUGCGCACACGCAUCAAGAGCGGUGAGGCAGUGGUGGUCAAUGCCAACUACCACGACACGUCUCCAUACCGCUGGGGAGGGAAGUCUGACAUCGAUCUGGCUGUGGACGAGAACGGCCUUUGGGUUAUUUACUCGACUGAAGCCAAUAACGGACGCAUCGUGGUCAGCCAGGUGAACCCAUACACGCUGCGCUUUGAGGGAACGUGGGCCACGGGUUUUGACAAACGUGGGGCGAGCAACGCCUUCAUGGCUUGUGGCGUGCUCUACGCCGUGCGCUCCGUCUUCCAGGACGAUGAGGGUCAGGGGGAUAGCCGAGCCAGCAGCAACAUGGUGGUGUACGCCUACGACACCAGCCGGGGUCAGGAGCUGCCUGUCCAGAUACCGUUCCCCAACCCUUACCAGUACGUCUCCUCCGUAGACUACAACCCCAGAGACAACCAGCUGUACGUGUGGAACAACUACUACAUGCUGAGAUACCCGCUACAGUUCACACCACCGCCACCAACUAAAGGUCGGAACAAGAACGGGCGUGUAAAAAGACACGUAACACUUUGGGGAAAUAACAAUCCCUUCAUCUCCACAGGACCCCUCUCCUCCCUGAUGACAACCGUCCGGUCCUACACAGCUACAGUUGCUUUGAUGCCAGUGCGGCCAUCAGCUUCACACCCGAUUGGUGUCAUCAACAGGGGCCCCUUUGACCAGCGGCCAAUCACAGCCAUGGUUCCACUGACUCCACGCCCUCCUCUGCGUGUUCCCUUGCCUCCAGGGGGCCCCGGCCAAGUGGGUGGAUGUGAAGGCCGAGUGGCACGGGGCGUUCAGUGGCCCCCGACCUUAAAGGGGGAGACAGUUGAGAGGCCGUGCCCUAAAGGGUCUCUGGGAAUCGCCUCCUAUCAAUGCAUGUCAUCUCCAGUGGGGUGGAACUCCAGAGGGCCUGACCUUUCCAACUGUACCUCUCCCUGGGUCAGCCAAAUCGCACAAAGGAUUAAGAGUGGAGAGAAUGCAGCAAACAUCGUUGGGGACCUAGUCAACUUGACCCGAGGGCGGAUCUAUGCUGGUGAUGUCAGCAUGUCCGUCAGACUGAUUCAGCAGCUGCUGGACAUACUGGACUCUCAGCUCCAGGUCUUGAGACCAGUCGUUAAAGAGUCAGCCGCUCGCAACUACAACAAGCUGCAGAAGAGAGAACGCACGUGUAAAUUUUUUGUUCAGUCGGUUGUUCAGACAGUUGAUAACCUGCUGGGUCCUGAGGCUCUGGUGGCCUGGGCUGACUUGAGCAGCAUCGACCAAUCUCGAUCAGCAUCACAGCUUUUAGACUCGGUGGAAAAAGGCGCGUUUCUGUUGGCGAACAAUCUCUAUGAAAGCCGCUUUAGCUACAGGGCACCAAAUGUUGAUCUAGAGGUGUACGUGUUAAAUACUGAAGCCGACAUUCAGGACUUGUCAUUUCCUCACUCCUACGACAGCGACAGCAUCCUGCAGAUCUCAGCCCUGGCUCUGCAACAGUACAGCAACAAUGGUCAGGUGAACCUGGUCCUCUCCCUCUAUAAAAACCUUGGCUCCUUCCUGACUACCCAGAACUCCACGCUGCGGCUGGGUCUGGGUCCGAGCCAGAACCAGGGCCAAGAUGCCAGGCGUAAAAGUCUCGUGGUAAACUCACAUGUCAUCUCUGCCUCUGUGCACAAAGGAUCCAACAGAGUGUACCUGACAGAGCCGGUGAUCUUCACCCUCAGACACCUUCAGCUGAAGAAUCACUUUGGUCCAAACUGCUCAUUCUGGAACGCAUCGGGAGUUUCUGGGAGCGGCAGGUGGUCCACACAGGGUUGCCGCUUGAUGCACACCAACAACACACACACAACGUGUGCCUGCAACCACCUGUCCAGCUUCGCUGUGCUCAUGACAUAUCAGCAACCAGUAAUCAGCGCCAGUGUGGAGGAGUUUCUGGUUUUUGUUGUUUCUGGGGUCGGCGUCUCUGUCGCUGUGGUGUGCCUGGCCACCUGCCUUAUUACCCUAUGCUGCCAGGGGGCGCCCUGGCUCUCAGAUCACAGCACCGUCCACUGCAACCUUUGGGCCAAUCUGCUCAUCACUGAGCUCCUCUUCCUUGUCCUCAUUUGUGCCAACAAAGCAAAAUAUGUUGUUGUGUGCUCCAUCACCGCUGGCCUGCUGCACUUCUCGCUGCUGUCUGUGUUUUGCUGGUUGUGUCUGGAGGGGGUGGAAUUGUACCUGCUGCAGCAAGAGGUGUUUGAGGGUCGAAACUCCAGGAGGAAGUAUUUCUACCUCUGUGGCUACUCUGUUCCUGGGCUGGUGGUGGCUGUUUCUGCAGCUAUUGAUUUCAGAGGAUACGGGUCGAAAUCUGAGUGUUGGCUGCGCACAGAUAAUUACUUUAUCUGGAGUUUCUUGGGUCCUGUGGCAGUCAUCAUCACUCUGAACCUGGUUGUCUUGGUAAUGACCUUACAUAAGAUGCACAGCACUGCAGCCCUAAAACCAGACUCCAGUCGCCAUGACAAUCUGAGGGCAUGGGCAGUGGGCUCCCUGACUCUCCUCUUCCUGCUGAGCGUCACCUGGUCCUCGGGUCUGAUGUUCCUGUCAGGACCGUCUCUCCUCCUGUCGUACCUUUUCUCCUCCUUAAACACUGCUCAGGCCCUCCUCAUCGCCAUACUGCACUGCACGCUCGCCAGGAAGGGUCAGAAAGAUUACGGCCGAUGCCUGCGUCUCUCUCAGUGCUGUGCGACAUCCUCGUCCAGCUCUCCAGACUCGGCGAAAGGUGCAGCUCUUCGCUCCAACAGCCGCUACACAAGCAGCCAAAGUCGCAGAGCCACCGCUAACAGACAGAGCCGCAUCAGAAGGAUGUGGAACGACACUGUUCGCAGGCAGACCGAAUCCUCCUUCAUUGCUUCCGAUGCUAACAACACUCCUACUCUCAACCGAGCUGCUCUUGGAAACCAUUUUCUCACAAACCAGAUGCUGCAGACUCAUGCAGCUUCUCCGUAUGACACAAUCCUGGCUCAAGGAUACAAUCAGCCGUUCACCUCCACAGUAGGAACCUUCAGAAACAAACCGAAGGGUGGGAUAUCACAGAGCCAGGAGUCAUGUGGACUGGAUAGUGUGUGUUUGAACGGAGGCUACACCCCCAACACCUUCACCCUGCAUGGCUUGGGGACGACGCCUGGAUCCAGAGCUGGAGUGGUGGGCAGCACCGACCUUCUGAGGGAGGGAGGAGUUGGGAUAGGAGGGGACGACAUCUCCCCCGGCCUCCUCACACCACACGGGGGAACAGAUAUGAACAGCGGCGCUGGGAUGCGUCGCAAUUUGUCUGACGCAGCAGCGCUGGAAAAGAUGAUCAUCUCAGAGCUGGUGCAGAGCAACCUGAGACCUUCAGUUGCCAUGCCCGUUCCUCCCGAGCGCUACGGCAGCUUGGCGAGACCGCACCACCACGAGAGACCGGCUCUCACUCACACUGCCACUUUAACUCGACACACACAGCCACUCCAGGAGGCUUGGACUGCCAGCAUGCAGCCAAAUGCACGGCACAAUGCACAAGAGAGCUGGGCACAUGCAAGGCAGCCCACCCAGGAUGUGGAGACCGACUCAGCAACACGCGGUGAAGAUCACACAACAGCGCCACGGCUGCAAGAUGGCUGGUCACACGCACAUGUUUCUGGAGAUUCCGAGCUGCUAAAAGACGGAGAUCGCUCGCAGAUGCAGGGCACUCUGGGUCGCCGUGGGCACCAGGAGAGGCAACAAGUGCGCCCCCCUGAUGUCCAGGCCCGGCCCUACUCCACCCUCAGCCGCACUCCGGGAACUCUGUCCCGCCACCGCAGCACGGCGGAGUCAUGUGGAGGGACGGACAGAGACAGGGAGCGAGACAGGGAUCGCUACCGGGACAGGCCCCUCCCACCGCCUCCCCCUCCUCCCCCACAGGAGUCUGAGCCCCUGUACAAAGCUUUAGAAGAACCGCUUCUGAUGAAGCAGAGAGAGGCGGUUGUAGAGGCGUGGAGAGGUGGCCAGGACAGAGAGAAUGAUGAAACUUUUCUGCUAAAAAGAGAAGGAAUGUACGACGAAUGGAGGGGAGGAAGUGAGAGGGGAAGAGAGGAAGUUUUCGCCUCACAGAAGAGGGAUGGUGCAAUGGAUGAGUGGAGACCUGGCAUUGAGAGGGGGAGGGAAGAGAAAAGAGAUGGAAGGAUGGAGGUGUGGAGAGGGCCAGAAACAGAGCAGGAGGAGACGUUUAUCACUCAGAAGAAAGAUUUUGGGAUGGAUGGCUGGAGAGGUGACUUUGAGAGGGAAAAGGAUGACUCCUUGUUACUGAAGGACAGAGAUGGUUGGAGAGCGGGAAUUGAACGAGAGAAUGAGAAACAGAAGGAUAGAGCGCUGGAUGUGUGGAGAGGAGGGGUAGAUUUGGACAGGGAGGAGUCUUUCUCAUUUGAGAGUAAAGAUGGAGGUCUCGAUGGGAGGACAAGGGGGAAUGACAGAGGGUGUCUUCGAUAUCAUGGAGACCGACAGGAUUCUGACAGCUUCACUCUGCCUUUGACUCCUGACCUCGACCUGGAUCCUGACUCCUCACCGAUCUAUGCCAGAGAUUCAAACCCCUCCCCCCUCUACUCUGGAGACUGCCGCUCGCCGCCACUCAGCAUCUUCCCACGCAGUUCCCCGCCAACAAACAUCUUUGCUCCACGAGCAAACAGUUCGCCGCCCAGCAACCUCUUUUCUCGCCACUCUCCGCAGGUGUACAGCCGCAGCAGCUCCCCCCCUCACUUCUACACCCGCACCUCCCCACCCACCCACAUAUACCCAGACAGCAGUCCCGAAGGCCUGGAGGAAAUCAGCCCUACCAGUGGACAGCCCCAGCGACCUGCUCUGGAACUGCCCUACAGCCUCGGGCGACCCCCGCUGGGCCCACGACCCAAUCACCUGCAGACGUUCUACCAGCCACCUCCGCUGGCUUCCAAUGGAGAAACGGGGUACACUUCAGAGCCCACAUCUGAAGGAGAGGACGGACAGAUGCAGCGGGUGACGAGCCUGUGACUAGGGCGGUGGUGAUUGGGGCAUAGAUACCGGGGAGGAAGAGGAGGAUGGGGAUCAUUUCACCAAAAAGAUUUAGACAAAACUAAUGGAAACAGAUUCUGAUGAAAAAGAAAUGCUCAUUAUGUUGGAUUACUUCUACUCCUCCCUCCUUCUAUCUUCUGAUCACCACGAGACUUCCCCCUUUUUCCACGUUUUGUUACUUUUGUAUGUCUGUGAAUCACUGAAAGCUCAUCCUCCUCUUCCGCCGCUCCCAAAACCCUGUUGUGUCUUCCCACCUCAUUGGUGUUUUCCCCAAUUAGUCCAACAUCUGAGUUUUUUUUCUGUGCUUCAUUGGCUGGGUGAUGCCCCUCCCUUUAGCAAACAGUGUGUCAAAGAAGCACAUGUGUGUUGCCAAAAAACCUCCUCUCAAAGAACAUGUGCAUGACUUUAUAGUGGCGUUGAAAGGCUGCAUAUUGUAGGAGGACGAGCUGACGCGUACAAACGAGUGUGUGUGCAUAGCUUGAUGAGCAUGUGUGUGUGUGUGUGUGUGUGUGUGUGUGUGUGUGUGUGUGUGUGUGUGUGUGUGUAAGGAUGCGUAUAUAUGUGUAUGAGAGAGAGAGAGUAUAUGUAUAUAAAAAAUUAUUGUAUAAUUAAUGUAUCACACUGAAGCAUUUUAUUAAUAUGGACUUGGAGGACUGCUCCGUUCUUUCUGAUUUUAGCUCUUGACUCGUCCGAUUUCACAUCAAGACCAAAACUCUGCCCCCUGACCCGCCACUACCUGUGUGAACUUGUUGCCAUGGACUUUGUCAUAGCAACCAGACACUUGACUGCAGAGCCAGAGAUCAUGUAAAACCUCAGAACCUUUCUGCAACCCUAUUAAGAUCCCUGUACAUAUCCACCUCAAUUGUUCUGAUUGUCUUGUAUUGCUAUUGAAGUUCAAGUAAACAUGUGAAAUAAAUGUUCUUGUUUUUUUUUUGUGCACAGAGAGUAGAAGGACCCAAUUCAGAUAGGACAAUGACCCUGCUAUGAACUGGGUGAUCUUUGCUGAGUCUUGGUGAGGUCUUAAACUGUCGGAAAAAAUAAAAUAAAAUAACAAUCCA